ACAGCACACGCCAUUCACUCGUUCCGUCGCUCGCGUUUGUCAUUCGGGAUGGAGCAACAUGGCGGACAUGAGACAUGAAGUACGGGUUGAAGAGCGUUUAAAAAUAAAAAUCGGUGAAGCAAAAAAUCUCCAGUGUCGUAGUCAUGGUUCAGUUGGUCAACGUGAUGUGUACUGCACAUUGACACUUGAUCAGGAAGAAAUUUUCCGCACUACUACUAUCGAACGAACUCUAAACCCCUUCUUUGGUGAGGAGUUUCAAUUUGAAGUACCAAGAAAAUUUCGCUACUUGUCAGUGUAUGUUUAUGACCGGGACCGUCAUCUGAAACAGGACAAGGUGCUGGGGAAGGUAGCCCUGAAACGUGAGGAACUGAAUAGCUAUCACAAUAAAGAUCAUUGGUUCCUCAUUCGACCCGUCGAUGCAGAUAGUGAAGUUCAGGGUAAAACACAUAUAGAAGUUAAAAUUGAACCUGUUAUAAAAUCAGUUGAUAAUGAGCAGCAGAACAGUAGAGCAGUUGUGAGGCUUAUUGAGUGCAGUGACCUGACAAUAAAAAAUGGAAACUGUGAUCCAUUUGCAACUGUAACUAUGUGCUACUCUAAUGGCAAGCAAGAAACAAGGAAAACAAAAGUUAAGAAAAAAACUGUUUCCCCUCUGUUCGACGAAGUCUUGACAUUUGAACUUCCAGGUUUGCGUGGCCAGAAUCAUGACAGGGAUACAUAUUCAAUUCAGCAAGAAGAUGUUGAAUUCAAUGAACUUCGUGUGAGCCUGUGGCAUGAUGCACCAGGGAUGUCAGACAAUGUAUUUCUUGGAGAAGUUCGCAUACCUUUGAGGGAGCAGCAACAGCAGCAGUUAGCAAGUACAAAUGCAUGGUAUUUCCUGCAGCCCCGAUCUACUAAAAACCGACCAAGUAAAUCUGUUGGCAAUGGUUCAGGCAUGUUGGGAAGUCCAUCCGACAGUCUUGGAUCUCUCAGAUUAAAGAUUCACUACACAGCUGAUCAUGUGUUUCCUAGUCAUGUAUACAGCCAGCUGCGUUCGUUAAUAUUACAAAGUGUACAUAUUGAGCCAGUCACAUCGAGUGCAGCAUAUAUACUCGGAGAGAUAGUGCCUUGCAAGUUGGAUGCAGCCCAACCACUCGUGAGAGUGUUUAUGCACCAUGGAGAAAUCGUUCCAAUGAUUCGCGCACUUGCACAGUGGGAGAUUUCUAAAGUCACUGAUGCAAAUACAAUUUUCCGUGGUAACACUUUGGUUUCAAAAAUGAUGGAUGAAGUCAUGAGAUUAGCUGGUCGCCACUACUUACAUAACACACUUAGACCAGCCAUUGACCUCGUUUUCCAGGAACGCAAACCAUGUGAAAUAGAUUCCAGCCGUUGUAAGGAUCCUAGUAUAAUACAAACAAAUUUAGCUAAUCUUAAGGAGUACGUUGAAAUUAUAUUUCAAGCCAUCACAUCAUCAGCUCUCCAGUGCCCCACCGUCAUGUGCCAGCUAUUCCAUGAUCUCAAAGAGUUAGCAAGUACUCACUUCAAAGAUAAUAAGGAAGUCAAGUAUUCAGUUAUAUCUGGUUUCAUCUUCCUCAGGUUUUUUGCCCCUGCCAUUUUAGGACCGAAGCUGUUCGAUUUAACAACAGAACAAAUAGACUCUCAGACAAAUAGAACUUUAACUCUUAUUUCCAAAACAAUACAAAGCCUAGGAAACCUUGUAAGUUCACGGUCUUCCCAGCAAACAUUCAAAGAAGAAUAUAUGGUUGCAGUCCACCGAGAGUUUUAUACGGAAAAACAUAUUGAAGCUGUGAGACAGUUCUUGGAAAUAAUCUCAGCUUCGUCCAACCCAGGUCAUAGAAGUUUAGACUCUCCUGUUGUUCUCAAGGAAGGAGUUAUGAUAAAGCGGGCCCAAGGUCGGAAAAGGUUCGGGCGUAAGAACUUCAAGCAGCGGUAUUUCAGACUGACUACUCAAGAUCUCACAUAUUCAAAAACCAAAGGAAAGGAACCACUUUGUUCUAUUCCACUGGACAAAAUACUGGCUGUAGAACGACUACAGGAAGACUCGUUCAAGAUGAAGAAUAUGUUUCAGAUUGUUCAGCCAGAGAGAGCUUUAUACAUACAGGCAAAUAACUGUGUUGAAGAAAAAGAAUGGAUUGAUAUUUUGACAAAGAUAUGCCAGAGGAACAGCAAUCGACUGAAACGAUACCAUCCCUCUGCCUAUAUCAAUGGAACUUGGCUGUGCUGUAGGUCAUCAAAUGAAUUUGAACCAGGAUGCAAGGAUGUCUCACCAGGUUCCGAAGCAGGUCUUCAGAUGAAUUUAGAUCCUGACCGAGAAUUACAGAGAAUUCAUUCUUUAUUUAUUACACAUAUGGCUAAAGUGGAAAGUCUGAAAGGUUUCUUUCCAUUCUACAAAACAGAAAGAAAUCACAGGGCGACUGGUGGAAUUAUAAGGGUGGGUGAAAAACCAGUCUCAUGGUGUGGCAGCCAGUCCCCAGACUGCAACAAUGCAGGCAGGUUUCUCCUCACUGGCUCAGCACUUGUUUCAGCACACAAAGAGUCCUGUGAAUGUCAAGCUGUAUAUACUGGUGAUCUGUGUUUCUUGCCAAAUUUUGUUAUUGAAGAUGUCCAGUCAUGUUUCAAGACACUGACACAAAUCUGUGAAGCUGCUUAUGAAUUGGAACAAGAACAUCGAAAUUAUUUAAGAUCUUUGGCUCGUGAAACUAAGUAUGGGAGCAAGCAAGCACCAAUUGGCGAUGACAACUACCUGUUACUUGCUGCUAGUUUUGGACGUAUGGACAACAGUAUCUUAAGAAAGACUUGCAGUAUACCUAACUGACAAUUACUUCUUUCAUCUUCUGUGAAGUAUGGGAGACUGUUGCUCCAACUAGAGCUUAUUUGGUGCUGUGAAGUUGAUGUUUGAGAAGAUUAAGUGGUAAUUACAGAGCUGGCACAUCAGUGGUAUUUUGUAUUUUUUCAGUUCUUUAAAAUGAAGCAUGUGAAAUUACGUGCUUAAUAUCAGAAAAGUGUAAUUGUGAGGUUCUGAGAAGACAGAAAUCGCAGUGGCAGUGUUCAAAAAGGUAGAGUUGAGAUUAAUGUUUUUUUCGUAGAAUUUUUUAUUGUACAAUAUGCAUAUGUUCUUGCAUGCAAACAUCCAUAUGCAUAGGAGUGCACAUGGCAAGUGCAAUAAAACAGCCAACUAGAUACUGACUAGAACAUAAAAUUUCUGCUAGAAAUAAAAGUGCAUUUGUGAUAACACAAAAUGGACACCAUGUUACUGCUGUAUAUUUAUAGUUGCAAAAACUGUAAGGUACAAUAAGAAAAGGGCAUUUGUAGGGACUGAUAGAUGAUAUGUUCUCAUUAUGCUGUUGGACAUUUUUAAAUGCAAAGUUUGGUGCUGUUAUAUGAUAAGAAAUCUCAUGUGUAAGAAUAUUGUGUGAUUGGGUAACUGGAAGCAUUUAGUCAUAUUGACAUUGUUCUGUAUCAAUCACUUACUUUUGUUUUAACUCUCAUUCCAUUGUGUAAGACUUGCACACCACACACAACAAAAGUGUUUUACUACUCACUAAUUCAUUGCUUUAUGAAAUGUGACUCAUAAAUUAUUUUAUAAAUUGUAUUGCAUGCAAAGGUUUUCAUUUCUGUAACAAUAGGUGCUAUUAUAAAUAUAUUCCCUGAGAUGUUGACAGCUAAUAUUAUAAUCCACAAAUGCUGAUAAUGUUUGAAGAACAGAUCACAAAUUAUUCAUUACAUAACACAAAAUUUUCACAUGCCUCUUUCCAUAGUACUUCCAAGUGCAUUAUUUAUAGAGAACAUUCACCUGAAUAUAGAGAGAUCAUGUCAAUAUUUAAAAAUUCCUAGCACUGUUCUCUCUUACAAAUAUGCAUUCCAAAACAAACUUUAAUUAGAUGUGAUUGAUUGAUUGUAAUUGGGCAUCACAGCCUCAAUAAAUUCCAAUGAGAAUAUGGUUAUUUCCCAAAAGACUUCAGCUACACUGACACAUCAAUGCUGUCUCUCAAAUUUUAUGGAGUUACAGCAAAACUGUCUCUACACUCACAAGUAAGUUACUAUUCUCUUCACACUGACCUCUCUUGAAUUGACUUGUUCUGAACUUCAGUGUGAGUUUUCCAUUGAAGAGUUGCCUUUUAUUCAUGUAACACCACUUGUACACUCUUGGCACAGAGUAAAUUUGUGCCCAACAAAUGGGGAACAGUCCAACUACAAGCCUUCUUUACUAUUGAGUUUUACUGAAUGGUAACAAAAUCUGUCAUUACCACUUCCGUCGUAUGUUGAUGAUAAUUUCCUGACUUCCACAGUGAUUCAUAGAAGGAAUACUGCUCCGAACUUAAAUAUAUUAGUUACUUACAUUACCUCAUUAGCUGCUACAGAGUCCUUGAAACAGUUCUCUGACUGCUCAAACACAGAGUGCAAUAGUUUGGCUACAAGUAAACAAAAAUUUAUUUUUAAUAUUUAACACAAAUUUGCCAUCUGUUCUUCAGAGAACCCUUAUCAGCUUGAAUGGUACUGUGAAACAGUGCAGCCUCAGUAGAAGAAAGUAAACUAUAUGGUCUACAAGUCAACCACAAUGUUAUUGCACCUGAGUGUGAGGGCAUUUCAGUCAGCUCAUGAGUUUACUUUUGCACUUGAAGUCCUUCAGAAUAUGCUCUGUUUUUCUAACAAUCAGACGACUUGUUCUUGAAGCUAUUCAGACUCCACAUUGUAAAAAAUAUUUCUGAUAAUGGCCACAGGAGGCCAAGUGCAAUAAUAUCUCAGUUGGGUAGUACAUAAAUUACACAAAUAAAAAUUGUUAUGUUUGAACUGAUGAGAUUCUAAUGCUGAUAUUGUGUAGUAUUGUAAAUCAUAGUCAUGGCUUGCUUCAGUGGACUUCAUUAACUCUAAAAUUAAUAAUUAAUUUUUACACAUCUCAUUCAUUGUGGGUCACAAUGAUUGUCUAACAUUCAGGUACAUAUAAAAUUGUGACAUUACACUUUAUCAAAUAUAUGAUUAUAAACAACCAAAGUAUCAAUUGAAGGACAUUAUAUUUGCAUUGUUCUGAUUGUGAAAAUUCAAGAGGUAAUUUCUUAUACAUGUUUCACUAGCUCUGAUGCUGCACUGUAUCCCAUUUCCAAACUUUGCAGUAUCUUAAUGUGCUCUCUCUUUUUAAACCAUUGAGGUUCGUGUACUGGCUUCCUCUUUAGAUAUUAACGGUGUUUAUUGUUUAAAGUAAUGUUUAAUUGAGUGUUGUGUGUGUGUGUGUGUGUGUGUGUGUGUGUGUGUGUGUGUGUGUGCACGCAAGGGAUAAUCAGUGUUUUCCUAGCUACAUUUAUUAAGUUUAUUUAUUUCACUUUCAUAAGUAGUGUCAGAAGUGUUGUAUAUUAGUUUGUACAGUAUUUUCAUUGACAUGUUGUACUGUGGAGGAAGAUUUAGUUUCCUUACAUCACAAGAGGAAUUUUUUUGUCUCCAGAGAAACCGAUUUCAUAUUUCUGUGUGCCAAAGUGGAACGUGUCAUGUAUUUUCUUAUGCUGACUGAGCAAUUGUUAUCAGAAGCAAAGAAUAACAUUUGCUAUUAGCAAGAAAUGUUCGUUUUAUGUUUGUCAAAUUUUUAAUGACUUUGUACCAAUCUGAAGGCUGUGAAAUUCAACUCACAUUUCUGUGUACUGUUGUGUGUGAAAUUAUUUGUUCUUGUUUUGUAUAGUGUGAUUACCUAUGUAGAAUAGUAAUUACUUUUUAUUUUACAAGACCAUUGUCUUAAGUACAAAUGUUGAGCAGAAAUGCAAAUGUAUUUACAAAUGACUUAUGUACAUUACAAGAAUGAAGUUUGAUUACAAGUGUGUAAGGUAACAAUGUAAUGUAUUGUAAGGUUUUCCCAGUGUUCUCUUUUGUAAAAAAGAAAAAAGCUAACCUGUAAAUUUUUAGCUCUCAUAAUUUUAUACU